UCUCUGACUCCUUUGUGACUUUAGGCAAGUUCUUUCAGUGGGAAAAAUGGCGAAGAUGAUAAGUUUCAUCCUUCUCACCACUGUUCUGGUAAUGGGCAGGGAAAGCUGGCUUGUUCGGAGCGUUUCUUCCCCUUAAGAGCGAGAUGCGCAUUACUCUGCAGGCUCUCGAGAACUGCCUGCAGGAGCAGACGCGGCUCAGAGCCCAGGUGCACCUGCUUGAGACCCGGGUCAAGCAGCAGCGGGUCAAGAUCGCGCAGCUUUUGCACGAGAAGGAAGUCCAGCUCCUUGAUGAAGGAGAGGAGAAUAGCGUCAUUGACCUUGGAGGCAAGAGGCAAUACACAGAUUGUUCAGAGAUUUUCAAUGAUGGGUAUAAGCAGAGUGGAUUUUACCAAAUCAAACCUCUCCAGAGCCCAGCAGAAUUCUCUGUUUAUUGUGACAUGUCUGAUGGAGGAGGAUGGACUGUAAUUCAGAGACGAUCUGAUGGCAGUGAGAACUUUAACAGAGACUGGAAUGACUAUGAAAAUGGCUUUGGAAAUUUUGUCCAAAAAAAUGGUGAAUAUUGGCUGGGUAAUAGAAAUCUUCACUUAUUGACUACACAAGGAGACUACACAUUAAAAAUCAACCUUGCAGAUUUUGAAAAAAAUAGCCGUUAUGCACAAUAUAGAAAUUUCAAAGUUGGAGAUGAAAAGAAUUCCUAUGAUUUGCAUAUUGGGGAAUAUUCUGGAACAGCUGGAGACUCCCUUGCAGGGAAUUUUCAUCCUGAAGUGCAAUGGUGGGCCAGUCACAAAAGAAUGAAAUUCAGCACAUGGGACAGAGAUAACGACAACUACGAAGGGAACUGUGCAAAAGAAGAUCAGUCUGGCUGGUGGUUUAACAGGUGUCACUCUGCAAACCUGAACGGUUUAUAUCACACGGGCCCCUACACGGCUAAAACGGACAAUGGGAUAGUCUGGUACACCUGGCAUGGAUGGUGGUAUUCCUUGAAAUCUGUGGUUAUGAAAAUUAGGCCAAAUGAUUUUAUUCCAAAUAUUGUUUAAUUGUCCCUGCUGAGCUUCCAUUUCUGCAGUGCAUCUUGGUUUAAGUGAUUUGGAAAAUAGCAAAUCUAAACAUUCACAUGUAUAAUGAUGGCAAUUGUUAUGUGCACUGCUUUUCAUUCUUACUUGCCUUUAUUAAUUAAUGUACUUUCAGUACAGCAAAUAAGUGAUAUUCACCAAAUAAAUGUAGAUUAUGUUACUAUUUAAUUGAAUUCCUACGUGCAAAGGACUACAAUAAGAGAUUAUUGCUGAACAAAAAAUAAAAAGCAUAGAGUAUAUACAUGACUUGGGAGAUAACACAGCAUAAAUUUAUAAUAACUUACAUAUGAAUGCAGUUUUAAAAAUACUUGAAAAUAACCUAGCAAAUAAUGGAUUGCCAAAUCAACUGCGUGGAUAAUAAAUAUUAUGAAUUGA